AUGUCUCGUAUACGGUCCCUCGCUCAGCAGUUGAUUGAACUGUCCGACGCUGCGCCUGUCGACUUCGAUCCUGAGGAUGUGCUGGCGGGCGUGAACCCAGAAGACGAGCCUGCGCUCGACAACUCCGCAGCUAGAGACCAUUAUGUUGAUGUCGCUCCCUCCACGUUGCGCAAACUGAAUCAAGCCGUAUCAGAUCCGAAGUAUGAAGGCGUUCGCGCCACACGCAAGCAGCUUUUCGAAAAUGCGAAUAGGGGUACCGAAAGCGAGUCAGAAGCAAGCUCAAUGGAAGAUGAAUCGGUGCCUCGCCAGUCAGGAGACGAGGGACAAGAGACCGAAGAUGAAGACAGCAGUGGGGACAGCAACGUGUCUUCUCAUACAUUGAGCGAGGAUGAGGGACCUCGACGCGACAGACCCUCACCUGACACUCCAAGCGCUACCGCUUUGAAUGAAGCACGCAAUCCGGCCGAGACAGAACAUAACGAUGACCUUGCAUUCACUCUUCGCAGGACCCGCGAAGAAGAUCGCGAAAAGGGCAAGGCCGUCGCCCGUCAGAUCGGCCUUUGGGAUAACCUGCUAGAUGCGCGAAUACAGCUUCAGAAAGUUGUUACUACGGCAAAUAGACUACCGGAGGCCGUGCACCUUGCAGAGCUCAUGCGACAUCAACCUGCACGCGAUUCUCUUGAAACCAUGUUCCGGGAAGCGGAGGCGCUUACCGAAGAAUUGUUCGCACUGCAGGAGGGGCUUCUGGAACGUAAUGAAUCUAUCGCAAUUCCUCCACGCAAGCGGCGCAGGAUAGCCACCGAGGAAGAGAUGUCGUAUGACCACUCCGCCUAUCUUGGUGACCUCUCCUCAGCUGCUUCUGCGCUCGAGGCGAGCUAUCACUCGCACCUCGUUCACACGUUGGCGAAGUGGUCUGCCAAGGUUCAGGCUGUUGCACCGAGCGUUCUGCUCGGCAAUCGCAACGCCUUCAGUAAAGAUACGAGAAAUCAGAAUGGCGUGGUAGGCAUGGUCGACGACAUUCUGCGGACCGACGCCAGCAAGCUGCUCAGCCGGACGCGCACUCGCAAGAGCAAAGGCAAGCGACUGGGAUCUACUGAUGGUGAAGGCAAUGGAGACGAUGCCGAAAAGGAAGACACAGAACUAUUCGAUGAUCUCGACUUUUACCAACAGCUACUGCGAGACGUCAUUCGGGCGCGUGGGAGCGACUCACAGGGCGGCGAACAGGACUGGAUGGCUCAUCAGAGGGAAAGAAAGGCAAAGCACAAACAGAAGAUCGACACGAAGGCGAGUAAAGGAAGGAAGUUGCGCUAUGAAGUCCAUCCGAAGCUGCAGAACUUCAUGGUGUCCGUUCCUGUGACGCAUGGUUGGCACGAGGAGCAGAUCGAUGGGCUAUUCAGUUCGUUGCUUGGAGCGGGCUAAUCUAUCAUGUAUCAACUCCAGAAUGCGAUUUUGUUUGCAUUUGUUCAAUU